UCGACUGUCACGCAUCCUCAGAGAUCCCUUACCCAACCCAUCCCCUCCCAUCUCAACGGUUGCACCGGAACAUUGCCCUUAGUAUCUGAAAAUGGCUCCCCAGAAGGUCUUCCUCACAGGCGCAACAGGCUACAUUGGUGGAGACACCUUCUACAACGUGUACCAGGCCCAUCCUGAUUGGCAAUACUCCGUCCUGGUUCGCAACAAGGACAAGGCAGCUCAGCUUUCCACCAAAUAUCCCAACGUAAGGGUCGUGCAUGGUGACCUUGAAUCGGCCGAUAUCAUCGAGGAAGAAGUCAAAAAUGCUGACAUCGUAUUCCACUGUGCCGACUGCGAUAGUGUCGCCUCUGCCGAGGCCAUUGCAAAGGGCGCCACCCACCACACCCCUGAGAGGCCCCUGUGGUGGAUUCACACCUCGGGCACCGGUAUACUUACCGUGGAAGACUUCCGCAGCAACACGUGGGGCCUCGAACGUGCCAAGCAGCAUGACGAUUGGGAUGGUGUGGACGAGCUCCUCAACCUUCCCGCAGACUCCUUCCACCGGAAUGUUGAUGAGAUCGUCAUCAAUGCCGGGAAGCGUGCCCCCGACAGCGUCAAGAUAGCCAUUGUUUGCCCGCCCACAAUCUAUGGUCCUGGCCGCGGUCCCAUCAAUCAGAAGAGUGUGCAAGCAUACUGGCUGGCUGCUGCCGUCUUGAAGCGCAAGAAGGGCCUUCAGGUCGGCGAGGGCAAGAACAUCUGGCACCAGAUCCACGUUCAGGAUCUGAGCGAUCUCUACCUUCUCCUGGGAGAGGCUGCUGCUGCAGGCGGCGGAAAGGCCACCUGGAACGACAAGGGCUACUAUUUGGCAGAGAAUGGCCCCUUCUGCUGGGGUGAUAUCCAGCGACAGGUGGCCCAAGUGGCCUAUGAGAAGAAGCUGAUCCCGUCCCCCGAGGUUGAGCCUUUGACCGAUGAGCAGGUGACUGAGACCAACCAGUUCGGUCUUUAUGCCUGGGGAAGCAGCUCCCGCGGCUUUUCGUACCGGGGUAAGAAGUUGCUGGGCUGGUCUCCCCGCCGGCCUAGUCUCAAGGAGCUCAUCCCUGAGAUUGUGGACAUUGAAGCCAAGGCUUUGGGCUUGCUGUAAGCGGGGUUAAU